GCCCGCCACCUGACCAAAGCACAGAGCACGAUGACUCACGACUGACCAGGUCACGUGACGACUCACGAGCGGUAGCACACACGCUCGAGCCACGCGUGCCUGACCGGCGGACGCAGAUGGCGGCGGCUCCGGCGGCCGCACCGGCUCGCGCCCUCGCGCCCUCCUCCUCCUACUCUCCCCCGAGCCGCGGCGUCAGCUUCUGCAGCGGGACGUCCCGCCCCAACGUUCGCGCCGCCGCGGCCUCGGCUUCGGCACCGGGAUGGCGGCGCUGGGAACCAGCGGUCUCCGUGGCGGCGGGCUCUGCUCAGUCGGCGCUAGGAGCUCUAGCCGUCGACCCCAAGGUUGACACAUUACUAGACAGUGUGAAGUGGGACAGCAAAGGGUUGGCUGUUGCUAUUGCGCAAAAUGUGGAUACUGGAGCCAUUCUUAUGCAGGGGUUUGCCAACAAAGAAGCCCUUGCAAAAACUAUAUCAAGCAAGAAAGCUACAUUCUUUAGCCGCUCACGGUCUUCCUUGUGGACAAAAGGGGAGACAUCCAUGAACUUCAUCAAUGUGCAUGACAUUUUCCUGGACUGUGACCGUGAUUCUAUAAUAUACCUUGGAAAGCCUGAUGGACCUACCUGCCACACAGGAGCAGAAACCUGUUAUUAUACUUCAGUUUAUGAUGCUCUACAAGGUUCGAAGCCGAAUGAAGAUAGGCAAGUCACAACAACCCUAUACUCACUCGAAGAUACGAUUAGUAGACGGCAGGAGGAGGCAACUGAAGGAAGUGGCAAGCCAUCAUGGACGAAAAAAUUACUGCUUGAUAACCAGCUACUUUGCUCAAAAAUACGUGAAGAAGCAGGUGAGCUGAUUCAAACACUGCUGGAGAACGAGGACCAAUCUCGCACGGCUUCGGAAAUGGCUGAUCUGCUGUACCAUGCAAUGGUGCUGCUCAGAGUCAAGGAUGUGAAGAUGGAAGAAGUCCUUGAGGUCCUGAGGAAGAGAUUUUCGCAGUCUGGUAUCGCGGAGAAGGCCAGCCGCAAUAAAUCUUAGUGUGCUUAGAUAAUGGCAGAUGACUUCUCCAAUUCCCUGUUGUAUUCCAGCAGUCAACUCCCAGUGUGAACUGUGGAAUAGUUUUGUGUUUGAUGAACAGUAGCGGAAAUGUUCCCCCCUCCGAGAAGACUGAAUUACAAGGGUACUGUUUUGAUCUUGAAGACAACUGAGGCCCCAAUAAAGUUGUCUCAUAUAGACAUGCAAUUAUACACCCUUUCUUUUUU